UUUUAGCUGCUUCUGUGAGAAAUAUUUCCACCAAAUGAGGCAGCGUCUGCUGGUGCUUCGAUCGGACACGAGCGACAGACUACGGAAAAAUAAGAAUCUGGAACCUGUUCAGGGAUGAGCACCUGUUGUUGUUUUUGAGGGAUGUCGCCAUUAAACUCCAGCUGAUCCAAUAGACGACUUCUCCUCAACAUCACCAGCAUCAUUUGAACCCGAAACACAAACAUGGCAUUUUUAUUUGGAUUGGACCCGUCUACCGUCCUACAAAACAACCUCGUCAGAAGUCUGACGUCUUUCCUGCAUCUCUACGAUCAACAUCAAGUCGAUCUUCAUCGAGCGUUGGAACGUUUCAGUCGGGCGGCAGCAGGCGAAAACAACCGCAGUGAGGAUGCCGUGGCUCAGGUUCUGUUCAGUCUGUUUGGUGGAGCCGUCGGGGCAGUUUGUGGGGGCAUCACCGGCGGACUGUGGGGGGCUUUUGGGGCCGUUGGAGCGGCAACAAUCGCCAGGUUCAACAGGGACGUCAACGCCGCCGGUGCAACUGUCGGCUUUUUCGGCAGCAUUCUCGGCGGAGUCCUCGGCGGAGCGUUUUCCGGCUCCAUUGGUUCUGCCGUUCACAUUGCUGCCAAAGUGGCGGGUCAUCGGGUUCCCUUUGUGUUCGGCGGAGUUCUGUGGAUCGGCAUCGGCUUCGCAACCGGCAGCGCAAUCGGCAGCACUUUUGGCGGGUCGGUGGGCGCGGCAGGCGGGGCGGUCGGAGGGGCGUUCGGUGCGCUGCAUGCCACGAUGGCCGCAGGUUAUGUAGUGGGGAGCAUGAUCGAUUGGCCGUCUACAGGUAAAGACUCAACAGAUCAGGAGGUGGAGAAAGUCAACAGGAUGCGGAAAACCGGGAAGGAUUUCAGAAAACGACUCGAACCGCUGGUGACGGAGCUGAAAACCAUCCAGCAGAUUAGCAACAAAAUGGCCUCCAGCGACGCCAUGAAGAGCGUCGCAGGACAAACGGCGACGACUCUGGCUGCUGUGGACGCCGUGGAGGAGAGUCUGAGCGACGGUCAGCUACUGUCCUGCUCUGACGAAGCAGUGAGACGCUGCGAGAAAAUCAGAGACGAGCUGCAGAAGACGAGAGCAGAAGUGCAGAAACUGCUGGUUUCACUGCAGCAGCUGCAAUAAAAGUCAGAAGUCACGGUUCAGGGACGUGUUUUUAUUGUCUUAUCGCCACUUGUUGGUAACGAUUGGUUUCACUUUCUGUCUGUCAGAUCUGUGUUUCAUGUGUUUAAUGGUGGAAAUUCACAAAAGUGCUGAAUUAAAACUUUACUGCAA